AUGGAUAAAUCAUGGAUGCAUGCUGAUAGAAGGUCACGCAAGUUUGAGAUAGGAGUAGGACAGUGUCUGAAGUUUGCCUCUGCUAAUGCCAACAACAAAACAAAAAUAUGUUGUCCUUGCCUAAAAUGCUGCAAUACUGAUGGAUUUUCCAUUAGAGUUGUUAGGGACCAUAUUUUUUGGAAUGGUAUUGAUAGUAGUUAUAAGCAUUGGAGGUGGCAUGGAGAACCUAGUACAGCUGCCAUUUCUGGCAAUAGAAGAGGGGAAUCUGAAACUGUAGAUUGGGAUGGGGGUAGUAGGAUUGGGGAGAAUGAUGUAGAAGGAGAGAGUGAGGAUGAGAUUUCAGAAGACUCAAAUGAGUUUCUGAAGUAUGUGGAGGAUGUCGAUAAGCCUUUGUACCCUGGUUGUACCAAGACAACCAAGUUAAAUGGUUUGAUUCAGACAUUCAAUCUGAAAGUAAAGCAUGGAAUGACUGAUUCCUGCUAUUCUGACAUGCUGAUAAUGAUCGGGGGUUUGCUUCCUGAAGGAAAUGAGGUUCUUGCAUCUUUAUAUGAGGCAAAAAAAUCACUUAGUGCAUUAGGUAUGGAGUACCAUAAGAUUCAUGGUUGUCCAAAUGACUGCGUCUUGUAUAGACAGCAGCAUGCAGAUGCUAUUAUCUGCCCCACUUGUGGUGCUUCAAGGUGGAAAUUAGGCAAGGAUAAAACUGAAAAAGUAGGGAUACCUGCCAAGGUAUUAUGGUACUUUCCACCAAUCCCGAGGUUCAAACGGUCCUACCAAUCGGCCAAUACAGCUAAGAAUCUGACUUGGCAUGAUUAUGGGAGAAAGAAAGAUGGAAUGAUGCGGCAUCCAGCUGAUUCCCCGACUUGGGAUUUAGUUGACAAGAAAUGGCCAGAAUUUGGAAGUGAGCCUAGGAGCCUUCGACUAGCCUUCUCAUCUGAUGGGUUUAAUCCUCAUAGUUCUCUAAGUAGCAGGUACUCUUGCUGGCCUGUUAUACUUGUCACAUAUAAUCUUCCGCCAUGGCUAUGUAUGAAGAGGAAGUAUAUGAUGUUAACACUGCUGAUCUCCGGACCAAAACAACCUGGUAAUGAUAUCGACGUAUAUCUACAGCCUUUAAUAGAUGAUCUAAAACUCUUGUGGGAUGGGGUUGAGGGAGUAUAUGAUGCCUUCAGAGAGGACUACUUUAAACUAAGAGCAAUACUCCUCUGGACCAUGGGAACUUGUCAGGUAGCAUUGUCAAAGGAUACAAUGCUUGUUCGAUAUGCGUUGAUAAGAGUCGACCAUAUAGGUUAA